AUGUCUGCGCCGUCGUUUGCGGAGCUCGAGGCUGCUGCCAGCUCUGUCAUUGACAUCCUAAAGACGAUGUCGGAAUUCUCGAAUGUCAAGAUUGCAGUUAUUGGAGGAUUAGGUCUCUGGAAAUAUCUCCGAGGCUAUCGUACUACUGAGGACGUCGACUUCCUCAUUACAGUUCAAGGAGCGCCAAAAACAGUUAAAGAUAAACUACUUGCCAUGCCCUCCAGUCCUUUCCAACAACAGGCGCAGCUUUUUUUCUACAGGAGCUCAAACGGCAAACAUAUCCAGGUUGAUAUCACACCGGAUUGGCAGUCUCCGUAUCUUCCGUCUGCGGCCGUACCUAUUUCAGCUGUCCGGCCGGGGUCUCUUCCAUACAUCUCAGAAAUCGAUCUUCUGAUUUUCAAGAUAAACAGCUGUGGCUUACGGCCCACGCCCGCAAAGAAAUUACGUGACGCAACCGAUGCUAGGUCAUUAGCAGAUGAUCUCAGCUCUAAAGGACCUAUUGUCCUAUCAUCCACUCAAAAAAGUGCUGUGCUCCAGGGCUUGGAUGAUGUAGUACGCCUCUCUGGAAAAGACCGGGCUUGGUGGAAGUCCAAACUGGCACUGAGUUGA